UCAUUUUUUAUGUUCCCGCGUCGAGUCGAAUUGAGUAGUAGUGUGUUGUGUUGUGAUUAUUUCUUUUAUUUAUUAUUAUUUUUAAAACUUUUUGAAAGCAUGAAAUCUAAAUCAAGUAUAACUAGAUUCCACAAUUGUUAUAUUCUUAGAAGUGGUAAAAUAAUUAAAGAGGAUUUGUGGAUAAGAGAUGGUAUAAUUGAAAAUCCUGAACAAAUAUUUUAUGUGGAACAACUUGAAGCAGACAUAACAGUAAAUUGCGACAACUUGCUUAUUGCACCCGGGUUCAUUGACAUCCAAAUCAAUGGUGGUUGUGGUGUUGAUUUUUCAUAUGAUUCCGAUAAUGUCCAAAAUGGAAUAGACAAAGUGGCUAAAAAGUUACUGGAACAUGGCGUAACGUCAUUUUGCCCUACCUUGGUAACUUCACAUCCAAAAAAGUAUCAUCAAAUUUUGCCACAAAUUAAAAAAUCACAGGGAGGCAAGCAUGGUGCCUCAGUACUUGGAGUGCAUCUGGAAGGCCCAUUUAUAAGUUUGGCAAAAAAAGGUGCACAUUUGGAUGAAUACAUUAAAACCCCUGAGAAGGGUAUAGAAACUAUGUGUCAAGUUUACGGAUCAUUAGACAAUGUUGUUAUUGUGACCCUCGCCCCAGAAUUACCUGGUGCAAUCGAAGCUAUAAAGGACUUAACUAAACAUGGAAUAAAGGUGGCCCUUGGUCACUCCACUGCUGGACUAGCACAAGGUGAAGAGGCGAUCAGACAUGGUGCUAAUAUGAUCACACAUUUGUUUAAUGCUAUGCUCCCGUUUCACCACCGUGAUCCAGGAUUAGUGGGCUUGUUGGCGUCUAACACAGAGAAGCAAGUUUAUUACGGGCUUAUAUCAGACGGCACUCACACACAUCCAGCGGCACUUCGAAUAGCAUGUAGAGCCAACCCUGAAGGAUUGGUCCUGGUGAGCGAUGCAGUAGCAGCAUUGGACCUACCGGAUGGCAAUUACCGUAUAGGUCCUCAGGCUGUAACGGUGAAAGACGGACGGGCGUUUAUCACCGGAACUGAUGUGCUAUGCGGAAGUACGGCGGCGCUAGACCAAUGUGUGCAGACCUUCAAGAAAUGUAUAGAAUGCUCAACAGAGUACGCAUUAGAGGCGGCGUCUCUUCACCCCGCUCGAGCCCUUGGCAUAGACAAUAAGAAAGGAAAAAUAGACUUCGGUUAUGACGCAGACUUCAUUAUCAUGGAGCCCAAUACUUUGAAAGUACUGUCCACCUGGAUAGCCGGUGAACAAGUUUAUAGUGUAAAGAUUAGUAAAUAAUUUUUUUACUAUGAGAUCAUAUGUACGGCAAAUUAAUAAAUUUAUCAAUACAUUCGGUGUAAAAUACAUACUAUGUAAAUCUAUCAUCGAAAUCCAUUGGUGGAUCUUUGUAAAGUAUUCAGGGCCGCUCCAGACCGCUACCGCUACUUUCAGAGCGAAAUAAUUUGUAACAUAUCUAUGUAGGUGAAAAAGUAAGGCGUUCUCUACUUUUUUAAAUUUAAGAGCUAACUCUUGGAGUUAAGUGGAGCUUCUUCCAUUUAUCUCAUUUCUUUUUCAAUUUUUUACUUGCCAGUCUACUAAUAAUCAAUAAGUUCUACAAAUACCGUAGAAACCAAUAAAUAAGCAAGUGGUUGUAGAGGAAUUUAACAUGAUUGUACAAAUUCUGCCAUAAAGUAAAUGUUGUAAAGCGAUUCUGUCUUGGCAGCUAUUCCUAGCCUAAAUCGAACAAAAUAUAAAUGACUCAAGCUACUAGUGAACAAUAUACAAGGUGGGUACAUGCAGGCUUUCACAAGUCGCUCGCAAACCAUCCCAGUCUUAGAGUGCCCUUUCACAGUAUCAUAUAAAAGCUAAUUUUUUAAAGUAUUGAUUUUAUAUCUUGAAAAUUAACGGUCUAUCCUUCUAGUCCUAUUGAGUAGUUCUAUGGCGAAACAAGUGAGACACUUUUAUCCCAGUAGUCCCAUGGAACUAUUGACACAAACCAAAUAGUCUCUUGUGGAUGGGACUAGUUACUCCCAAAAGUCCCAUUACCAUUAUGGGACAAGUGGGAUACAUGGAAUAUUAUAAUCUCAAAAGUCCUAUUAGUUUUAAUUUUCCCUUUAUAUGGAGGUUAACUACCAAUUAGAAGUGAAUGUGUAGUGGGCCACAUAGAAAAAAGUACUUACACAACUUUUGUAUCUCAGGGACCUUAAAAUUGUGGCCCACCGUACUUAUAUUUUUUGUACUGAAAGGUAAUUCAUACUCAUAGCACCAAGAUGCGCUAAGAAAUGUGAAAAAUCAUUCUAUUUAUGCAUUAUUUUAUUAUGUAUAUGAGCUUAUUUAAUAAAUUUAAUUGUUGUUUAACAAAUCGUUUCAAUAAAUAAAACACGUAUUUAGUGGCAUGGAAAAUCUUUAUUGAAGUAAAUAUAUUUAUAAAGUCAGUACAAUUUAAGUUCAAUAGUUUCCAAAAAUAUUAAAGUGCAGGUUGCUGAUCACCUGGCAAUGUUAAAUAUGAUUAUUUCUUAAUUAAAAUACAAGCUAAUAUUGAGAAACUGUAAUAUGUGAAUAAUAACAUGUAUAUACCUAAAUAAACUCAUGACAAAAAUAUAUUUUAGGCAGGCUCUAAAAUACACUGCUCUGUGCUGUUGUUAUCCUGGCCACAGUACACGAUAAUAAACUUAUAAUUAUUAAGAAAUACCCGCUAAGGUCACGUGAAAACUUGCACUGGCCGUCACACAGAGAGACAACUUGGCAAAUUCUCAAGUUACUUCAGCAGUGCAUGAUAUUGGUCAAAGUAAGAUGUGCAACCAGUUAAAAAGAAAAAGUAAUACUUCUGCCCACAAAUAAAUUACUGGUAUUCGAUGACCAAUUGUGUAUUAAUCACUCAAUUUCCUUACCAUCGUGGACAGGCAUAACCAGUUGGGCAUCUUAUUUUAAAAUAAAAUUAAACAUCAAAUUACAAACCACGCAAUGUAUAUUCAUGUAUACAAUAAUAUUACUAAGUAUGUAUGUAUAUAAUGUAAAUACAUUUUCAUGAAAAACAAAAUAAUAUCAUGGAAUAUUCAAAGAGCCAAAAUAUUUGAGAUUAACUCUACCUUGAUACCAUUAACUUCUAAGAUCUAGGCACAAUGCAGCAGAGACUCCUGUAUGGAUUACAUAACAAUUUUCGUUGACUGUGGGGCGAGUAUAUACACAAUCGUUCAGACAACACCAUCACACAAGGUCGGCGGCACAUUAUCGUUUCUGCCUUUGCAUUAAUGACGGUGGUAUACUCGAUUCAAAGAUAUGUGUGGAAAUAAAAGAGUAACUACAAGUAGCAAAGCGGGGUGAAGACAGCGCCCAAGUGCCGCCGGCCGUGUGCUGCAUUGCCAGCCCCUGCAGCUUGCGGUCGUGGCACGCUGCCAGCUGCCGUGAAGGCAAAACACUACAUCUAAUAAAACUUCAACGUUUACUAUGUUUCAAAUCUUUACGGAGGGUAUUGUCUGUUAGAUAUAAUUUCGUGUCGCAAAGUCCACAGUCAUACUAAACACAUCCGUGUGGACUAUUCCUAAGUUUAAAAUACUUUUCAACAGAAUUAAAUUAUUGAGCAAUAUAUUCCUAAGAGAAUAUAAGAAGUAGAGAUUUGCUCGGCUGCACCAACUCUACGAAAAAUGUUAAUCCUAGUAUCAAAUACCAAUGCACACUCCACAAAUGUCAUUUUUGUAUCGCGAUAAUAAUUAAAUUAUAAUAAUAAAAAAUAAAUGAAUCUUUGGAUCAAAAUUAAAAUUUGCAUUUGGAACAUGCACCAUUCACACGAAACAUUACAAUAAUUUUCACAUUUCAACAUAAAGAUGACAAGAAACUUAAUAAGGUGUAAUCUAGUAGAAACUUAUAUCUAAUUUGAAAACAAACAAGAAAUAGCCAUUUGACCACAGUUGAGAAGGGCACGGGAGUUGCAGACAAUUUAUAUGAAAACCAAAUUGAUUUGGUAUGAUAUGUUUUGUUUUUUUACUGAAUAAUUUGUGAGAUGAGGAAUAUCUAAAUGGCCGCUAUGUGAAAAAAUUAUGCUUAUAGUUAUAGAAUCAAUUAAAAAUAAGAUCACUACAAUACGUAAAUACCAAGAAUUGUAUAUUAAAACGUUUGUACUUUUACUGACUAAAGGAAAAACAUUGGCAACUGCUAAUAAUCCUACAAUUGUAAAAAAAAAUAACUUGUAUAAUGUAGACAAAAACGGUCGUCUCAAAUUCGUUCACUCUAAGAUGUGGAAUGCAAUUAGAAUUCUUUAACAAUAUUUAAAAGGUAUAAUAAUAUAUUAAAUUUUUAUAUCAGCUCAACAAUGUAUAUAAUCUAUAAUAAUUUAAAAGCCUAGAUCCAAACUGUGAUAUUUAUUGCACAAGCACACAUGUGGCUUAAAAUUCCAAUGGGAAUAGAGCUCACAACCUUAUAUUAUUUAUGUUGUUUUAAGAAGAGUGGAGACCAAAUUUUAGGUGGAUAAAAGAAAAUCAAUUAUUUGAGCAUGCUGUAUUAUUGGAAUUAUCUUCAAAAAUAUUAAAGAAAAAUUAUUCCCACCAAAUUACCAUAAAAUAUGAAGUGUUUAAGAAUUUAAUACAUAAUGCCACAACACUCCACCGGAACCAACUAGCUGUGCUUGGUGCCACAACAUAGGCAAUACGCCCACCUCCAAUAGGGAGGGUAACAUUAGAGCUCACCUUGUGCGCUGCGAACCCUACGACUAUCACGUUACCUGGCGCCGGCGUGACGCCUCCUCGACUCAUUCAUACCCGCUGCCACACCCAACCCGCACAAUCACCAUUGGCCACCGAGGAAGCACCAAUAUUCAACGCCAUAUAAAGUGAUACUACACAACUACUGAAGUAAUUUAUUGCUGGAUACAUAAGGGAAUAUAGAUUCAAGAGAAAUAUAUUUACCAAAAUUGCUUUUAUGUGUAUAUAGGUAACUUUAAGAUUCCCGAGAAAAGGCUACUGUAAUGUACUCUAAUGAUACAAUUAUUAUCGAGUAAUGUCAAUGGACAAUAAAUACCAUUUGACCUGCCACUAUCCCAUGACAAAGUGCUUACUUGCUAGGGCAAGAAUAUACAGCCAAGCAGCCGCGGCGAAUAACCGCCGCGCCUGCGCCAACCACUAAUAAACAUCUCUAAACAACACCACCAUAUAGGCAAACUUGUGAUACUGUUAUGUUGUGUAUACCAAAUUUAAAAUACUAGACCUACAAAAAAUCUACGCUGACUCCUACAUAAGAUAUAUGGCAAGAACAAAGGAAACAUUGUCAAAUAUAUAUCACGAAACAUCAAAGAGUUAAUUAUAUAAACUAUAAUAAUACUUUUAAAAUAUAAGACAGAAUAUCAAUGUCAUUGCAAAUGGUUGGAAAAUUUAAAUACAAUUUAAUAUAAUGACAUUUCAACUUUUAAAUUUAUAUUAAUAUUGGAAUUCACACAUAAAAUAGUAUAAUUUGUAAAAUUAUCCAAAACUUAUCACACCACUUUUUUAAAUAUUUUUAUGCAACCCUAAAGCAUUUUUAUUAAUAGCGUCAAACGCUCCCUUUGGGGCAAUAAUAAGUUCUAUUUCGGUUAAUUUUACUUCACUAACACACAAUAAUUUUAAUCAAUGACAACAAAUUAAAAAUGAACAUUAUCGUAUUAAACCCUGAAUAUUAAUAAUAAUAAAACAAAAAAAAUUGGCAACAAUUAGUGACUAAUUUACAAAUAUCAUACAAUAAAAUAAUUACUAUGUGCAUGCACAAAUAUCGUAAGAAAAUAAUUUGGCAGUAAAAAUUCGUAACUCUAAAGGCCUAAACACACUGGCCAAAAAUACUAUUCAAAUAUAGGCCCGGAACAUAUAAUUAAACAAAAAAGUAAAAUGACAAAAUGAGAGUAUUAAUCACACCUACUCAUCCGCGAGGGGUAUGUAGACUCGUUAUUUUAAACCUAGUUAAAAUAAAGAAAAUAAAAUUCCCUAAUGCUA